GCCGAGCCGAGCCCGCCAUGGCCAUCGCACACAUCGCCACCGAGUACGUCUUCUCGGACUUCUUGCUGAAGGAGCCGCCCGAGACGCGUUACAAAGGGCUGCGGCUGGAGCUGGCGCUGGACAAGAUCGUCACCUGCAUCGCCGUUGGGCUGCCGCUGCUGCUCAUCUCCCUCGCCUUCGCCCAGGAGGUCUCCAUCGGUGCCCAGAUAAGCUGCUUUGCCCCCAGCUCCUUCUCCUGGCGCCAGGCUGCCUACGUGGACUCCUAUUGCUGGGCAGCAGUGCAGCAAAAGCAGCCAGCCUACAACAACCUGGAGAACAUUCCCCUCUGGCUCCAUAAAUUCUUCCCAUACAUCCUUCUGCUCGUGGCCAUCCUGCUGUACCUACCAUGUCUGUUCUGGCGCUUCACGGCAGCACCUCACCUCUCUUCAGACCUGAAAUUUAUCAUGGAAGAACUUGACAAAGCCUAUAACAGAGCAAUCAAAGCUGCAAAUAGUGUCCGUAGCGGAGAGCCCAGAGACCCCGCUGACUUCAUUCCAGCUGCUAAUGAAAACUUAACACAGAGCUUGUGGGAAAUCUCCGAAAGCCACUUUAAAUACCCGAUUGUGGAGCAGUACUUGAAGACAAAGAAGAAUUCCAAAUGCUUAAUCAUCAAAUACAUUUUCUGCCGUUUGCUCACUCUCGUGAUUAUUUUCAUUGCCUGCCUCUACCUGGGCUACUACAUCAGCCUCUCCUCUUUGAGCGACGAGUUUCUCUGCACCAUCAAAACAGGGAUCUUAAAGAACGACACAACUGUUCCAGAAGUGGUUCAGUGCAAGCUGAUUGCUGUUGGUGUCUUCAAGGUGCUCAGCUACAUUAACCUGAUCGUCUAUCUGCUCGUGAUGCCGCUGGUGGUGUACGCAAUGUUUGUUCCCUUCCGCUGGAAUUCGGGCAUUCUCAAAGUGUACGAAAUCCUGCCGACUUUCGACGUUCUGAAGCUGAAGUCCAAGAGCUUAGAUGACUUAAGCCUUUACAUCCUCUUUCUUGAGGAAAACGUGAGCGAACUGAAAUCAUAUAAAUGCCUCAAAGUGCUGGAGAACAUUGCGGUUUCCGAGAAGUUUGAUGUCAUGCAACUUUUGAUAAACCUUGGCACAAUUAAGACAGAUACUGUUGAUGGGAAGCCAAGGACGGCUGUGCCGGGGAAGCCGGAGGAAACAGCUGUGGAAGAGUUGGAAAAAGAUGCAACAGAGCUACAAGUUUUGCCAGACCGUGAUGCAAGUGACCACUUGGGCCAGAAAGAAGAUAAAAAGCUUCGCCAAAGACUUAUUGACUCUUCAUGCUGAUGCCUUCCAGCCGCCACGUGCAGGAGCUUCGUGCUGCUGCAAGAGGGCUUUCCUCUGCCUUCACUGUGCUGAACACAAGGUGCUGCUCUGCUCUUCAAGUCCAACUGUCCUGGGAGCCUGACAGCUCCUCAGAGGACAGACCAGUUUACAGACUGCUUGUUGAAUAACAGGCAUCGGUCAGAUACCCGAAAAACCAUGCUGUAGACUUUCAUUAUUUCUUUAAGGAAAAAAAGAAAAAAAAAGCCACAAGAACCAAGAAGUACGAAAAAAGAAAUCCCCAUUGUGAGUACAAGUGAAAUGCACUCAAUGCACACGAAGCCAGCACUGGAAAAGAGCACUAUUCUGUAUAGAGGUGGGAAACAGCCCUGCACACAUCAAAAAGAGAUGGCUGUGCUGUGUUGUGACAUGCUGCUCCACUGGGCUUGGCCAUCUCAAUGAGGCAUGUGAGAGCUUUCUCCCCUAUUGAAGGGGUUGUUUGUUUGUUUGUUUGUUGAAUCUGGUUAAGCAUGUACCAGGUGGUGGCUGGCCACUGGUCUUUGCUGUGGAAAAAUAGGGGUUGCUGUGUUCAGCCCAAGAUGUCUUGAGUCAUCUCAGCAGUGAAGUGUGGGGUUAUUCUCUAGGCGCUGAUGGAAAAAGGAUCUGCAGUCACAGUGUAAGGGGGUACUGCAGAUUUUAGGGAUUUUGAUUUUUCAAUGUAUUCAUAAAAUAAUGUCUUAACAUUUUUUAUACGAACUGUAAUGAGACAUAAGCUAAAUGUUGGGCUCAUUUCUGUUGUCAGUUGUUUCCUUCUGGGACUAACAUAUCCUUCUGGGAGUUUAGACUGAAGAUAGAGAAGUUGGCUCCGUUUUGUAACAAUCUCUAGAAAAUCUUUUUUGUGUUUGUAUAGUUGGGACGGGUUUCAAUGUGUUUGUGGUAUCAGAUGCAAAACUGUCUGUGCUGUUUUCCAAAACCCACCUGAGAAGACAUUCUUAUUGUACUGGAGUGGCACCUGCGUGCCUUAGCAGAACUAAGCUCCCCAUAGGCAACGUGACAGGGAUGUGCACACAAAGAAAGGUUGCUCCCCCCUCAUGUCCCAUGACUGAAUUGUAAUUAAAGAUAAGAAGCCGAAGUAGUUUGGACAAAGGAAAGAGGAGUAUUUGUUUAGAAAAGUGUCCCUGCUUGUUACUGUAUGGUUUGGGGAAUCUAGCGUUGUCAUCCUGCUCUGCUCAGGUCCUUUACCUUCUGUUAACAUAAAUAUGAACUCUGUCUUGAAUUUUGGGCACAGGGUUAGGUGGGUGGGGGUGUGAUGGUCAUGGUGACAGUGCAUAUCUUUCACAGAUGCUAUGAGUGCACUUGUUCUGUGCAUUGUCUGUGUUGUUGUAAUUGAAGUCUCUUGUCUGUCACCUCAUUUGGUUGUCCUUUUAACGCCUGUUAUUGCUAGGUAAGCCUUCCAUUUUCCAGUUCAUCGAUGUCUUUUGUUCUUGCCUGCUAGCAUUCUCUGUGCUGAGAAUGAGGAAUAAAAGAAGAAUCAGUGUUACAGCCUUCGCACUGAACUGUUGAUGUGCUGCAGCAGAUUUCAAGGAGAUAAUGCACCUGCUUGAAUUGGCUGCUCUUGCUAGACAAGUGGAUCCCAAGUGCUGCUAUAACACACGUGUUGGUUUUACAAGAACAGGUUGGUUAUGAUAUGAUUUCCAGCUAAGAGGAACUUUAUUUGAAAGGAAGUCUUGAAGUCAUAAUAUUGUGCUAACUCUUUAUAUAGGAUUGUAGCACAGCUGCAGUCCUAAUAUGUACAGCAUUACUGGCAAGAAAUGGGUGUAUGUUGGGUACGGCCUGAGCUGCUGCUUUCUUCUCCCAGCAAGCCCACAACCACUCUGACCUUUUCUGAACUGUUUCUGGCUGUGCUGAUGCCUGCUGUGUGUGGGUACUGCAGAUGCACCAUCUGCAGCAGUGUGGUGUGUUGGUUGGAUGCGCAACCUAACGUGGAUUGGCACAACCAGGUCCAUCCACAUCAAUUGUAUUCUCAAGGGCAAUCUCAUGGAUGCCUUCCAUAAGGUUCCCUGAUGUCACCGCCUCUGCCAAGUCUGCAUUUCAGAGAGAAAAGCGUGCAAAUACUCCUGAAGGACUAAGAUGAGCUCACAGAUGGCCAUGAGCUACUGACUGCUUUGCUGAUCCCAGUGCAGAUCCCUGUGCUGCCGUCAUUCACAGAAACUCCUUUGGUUGUCUACCCCUUGUGCUUUGGAUGUUCUCAGAGAAGCAGUAGUGCAAUACUAAGGGUUAGUGAUGAGGGUGUGUUUGAACUGUUUAGUAUAAGUAAUGAGCUCUUAGUCUUUAAAACAUGAAGCUCCUGAAGGUAAUGUGUUUCAUGUUUAUGAACGGUACCUUGUACUAACUCUUUUUGUGUUUAAUAGUAUGACUUACUGCAGUGAGUCUCUUGUUGUCUUCCAAGGUUUUCAACAAAGCAUGUAUCCAUUCUUGGUUAUUUAAAUAAAAUUAAUUUG